GUUAAAUAUCUACUGUUAAGAGCCCUGGCAUAGAUAUAUCAGUUUUCUUUUGUUCAGUUAAUUAUCAGAAAUUGUUAUAAUAUUAAUAAUUUUCUAAUAGAUAUUUUAUUUCAUUUACAGGCAUCAACAAUUGAUGGAAGAAGAAAAGGCGCAUGCUUGUUUUGCCAAGAAUAUUUCAUGGAUUUAUAUCUUUUGGCAGAAUUGAAGACAAUUUCAUUGAAAGUUACUACAGUUGACAUGCAAAAGCCACCUCCUGAUUUUAGGACUAAUUUUGAAGCAACCCCUCCUCCAAUACUAAUUGACAAUGGUUUAGCUGUUCUCGAAAACGAAAAAAUUGAAAGGCAUAUCAUGAAGAACGUCCCUGGAGGUCAUAACUUAUUCGUACAGGACAAAGAAGUUGAAAAUCUUAUUGAAAAUUUGUAUAGUAGGCUAAAACUAAUGCUUUUAAAGAAGGAUGAUGUUUCGACAAAUGCUCUCCUCAGCCACCUCCGGAAGAUAAAUGAACACUUAGGAAAGAAGGGAACCAGAUUCCUGACAGGAGACACCAUGUGUUGUUUCGAUUGCGAGCUUAUGCCUAGGCUGCAGCACAUCAGAGUUGCUGGUAAAUAUUUUAGGGACUUUGAAAUUCCUAAAGAUUUCAAUCAUCUUUGGCGCUACAUGCUGAAUAUGUACCAACUUGACGCUUUUACUCAGAGUUGUCCUGCUGACCAAGAUAUCAUUAACCAUUAUAAGCUCCAGCAGGGAAUGAAAAUGAAGAAACACGAAGAACUGGAGACGCCUACUUUCACUACAUCAAUUCCUAUUGGAGUUUCUAUUGAAGAGUAACUAACUUCUAAAAAUACUUAAUCACACCUUUUUAAAAAUGGCCAUUACUGAUGUAAAUUUAUCGGGAAAAACAAAAAAAAAAUAUUUAUUAAAAAUCUUCGCCAUAAAUUGUAGGCAAAAAAACCUACCUUUGGAAAAAAAGAUAGCAUUUUAAUAUCUUAUUUUCAAACCAGUUUUUAUUCAUUAUAUAUUUUUAUUAUUUUUUUGUUUUGUUUAGAGUGUAUGUGUUGAUUGAAGCUUUUCUUUUUUUUUUCUUUUUUUUUUUUCUUCUGUUAUGUGCUGUACUUACGGUAGCUUUUACUAAAAUAUUACUAAGUACCUUGGAGUAGUGAUUAACUACAUGUUGCGCUAACACUUGAGAUAAGAAUUAUUUCUGAGAUCGUUUGUCUUUAAAAUGAUGAUUGUCGUGCUUUUGAGUAAGAAAUUGUAAAUUUAAAAUAAGUUAAUUGAUUGUAAAUAGUUAAAAAUACGAAUUCUUUUGUUAUUUCUUACUUGACCAAAUCGUGACACCAUUAUAUAGUAAUAUUAUCGAUAAGCUCCAAUUUCAAAGUAAUAAUAAUAAUAGAUUCAGGUUAAUAGGUCAAAAUACGCCUAUUAAUAGAAAAGAUGGGAUUUAAUCUGUUCCUCUGAUUAAUGCUUUUGAAUGAUGUGCCUUAAAUGUUAUCACCUUUACUUAAGUAAUCAAAUUAGAAUAGUAUCAAUUGUAUAAAUUCCAUUCCCAGUUGAGUCUGGUAUCAAUGAUGGUUUAGUUUGUAAUUAUAUGUAUAAUAAUAAACUUUAAACACAUAUUUCUUAUUUUUAUUUAUACCAUCGAAUAUUUCAUUAAUUAUUGACCAUAAUAGAGCAGCGGAUAAAGG